UGGGCCUCGGGGUCGUCAAGAUGGCGGCCCCUGAGAGCGGUGGAGUGUGCGGCCUCCUCAGGCGGGGAUGGCGGCUGGCGGGCUCCCGCCUCGGCUUCUUGCCUCCUGGGCGCGGAGGGAACCGGGCCGCGCCGGCAGGACGGCUUUUCUCCACCGAGAAGCGGGAGGCGGACACUCACUUCGGGUUCCAGACGGUCUCCGAGGCGGAGAAGGGGGGCAAAGUGUACCAGGUGUUUGAGAGCGUGGCUAAGAAGUAUGACGUGAUGAACGACUCGAUGAGCCUGGGAAUCCACCGGAUCUGGAAGGACCUGCUGCUGCAGCAAAUGAGGCCUCAUCCAGGGACCCAGCUGCUCGAUGUGGCUGGGGGCACAGGAGACAUUGCCUUUCGAUUCAUUAAUUAUAUUCGCUCUCAGCAACGGCAGCAGCAGCGAGAGAAACUGAAGGCCCAGCAAAACUUAUCCUGGGCAGAAAUUGCCAAGAGUUACCAGGGUGUGGCCCAUGACCCUCUGGGGGGCUCCCAAGUGGUGGUCUGCGACAUUAACAAGGAAAUGCUAAAGGUUGGCAAGGAGAAAGCCCAGACCCUGGGCUACGGAAAAGGCCUAGCUUGGGUAGUAGGCGACGCUGAAGAACUGCCCUUCGAUGAUGACAAGUUCGAUGUUUACACCAUCGCCUUUGGAAUCCGGAACGUCACCCACAUGGACCGGGCACUGGAGGAAGCCUAUCGGGUCUUGAGACCAGGAGGAAGGUUCCUUUGCCUGGAGUUUAGCCAAGUCACCAACCCCCUCGUUGCCAGGCUCUACGACCUAUAUAGCUUCCAGGUCAUUCCAGUUCUGGGGGAAGUCAUUGCCGGGGACUGGAAGUCCUAUCAGUACCUCGUGGAGAGCAUCCGGCGUUUCCCGGCUCAGGAAGAGUUCAAGGAGAUGAUCGAAGAUGCCGGUUUUCGGAAGGUGACGUACCGGAGCCUCACGUCCGGCAUCGUGGCCAUUCACUCGGGCUUCAAACUGUGAUCCUUCCCGGCCCUUACAGAUGCAGCCCACCUCUCCUUUUGGAAAAUCAGCACCCGUGGGAGGACCAGGCAGUUUCAGGAGAGCCCAGCGGGAUUUUCUCCCUCUAUGGAAUUUGGGCUACGGAACUCGGGUGGGAAGGGGUGGAGGAGCUGAGGGUGUUCUCUCCUCCCCACGGCUUCAGGCAAUGAACGACUGAAGGCAGUUGGCCUUUGGUCCCACAGGAGACUUAUUUUGUAUGGAACCUUCUGUCAGUUAAUCUCCCUUGAAAGGCGCCCCAUGAGAGGGUGGGGAAGCCACCGGAGGAGGACAGAUAAGGACUCGAUAUGGAAGGAGAAAGGGAAGGGAAGCCCAAGGAUACAAUUUUAGGAGUUAAUUUGGGGCCCCAGCGACCUUCUCUUUCUUGGCUCAAGGGAUGGUUGCUGGCUUUUGUUGUUUUUAAUAGAAUUAAAUAUACUGAAUAUUU